ACUGCAUCUCCCACAGCGCCGCGCGGCUCCAUCCCCGCCGCUUCCUGUGACGGCAAUUCCGCCGUGCUGUGGCGCUGUGUGGCGGUGUGUGAGCUCGUCCCGUACCGGAGCCGGCUGUGUGUCCCUCGGCAUCAUGGCGUCCAUUUCUCUCGCUCCCGUCAACAUUUUCAAGGCAGGUGCAGAUGAAGAGAAAGCAGAAACAGCUCGGUUGUCAUCCUUUGUUGGUGCAAUCGCUAUUGGUGACCUGGUCAAGAGCACUCUGGGACCUAAAGGCAUGGACAAGAUUCUCCUCAGUACUGGGAGGGAUAGCACGGUGACAGUGACCAAUGAUGGUGCAACCAUCCUGAAAGCUAUUGGAGUUGACAACCCAGCUGCCAAGGUCUUGGUUGAUAUGUCAAAGGUUCAAGAUGAUGAAGUUGGUGAUGGAACUACGUCUGUCACAGUGUUGGCAGCUGAGUUGCUGAGGGAGGCAGAGUUACUGAUUUCAAAGAAGAUUCAUCCUCAGACCAUCAUUGCAGGUUGGAGGGCAGCCACAAAAGCUUCGAGAGAGGCACUCUUGAAAGCAGCUGUGGAUCAUGGUGAUGAUGAAGUGAAGUUCCGUGAAGACUUGAUGAACAUUGCAGGAACAACUCUCUCAUCAAAAUUACUCACUCAUCAUAAAGAUCACUUUGUCAAGCUGGCUGUAGAAGCUGUUCUUAGAUUGAAGGGUUCUGGGAACUUGGAAGCCAUCCACAUCAUUAAGAAGCUUGGUGGAAGUUUGGCUGAUUCUUACUUAGAUGAGGGCUUUUUGCUUGACAAGAAGAUUGGUGUAAACCAGCCAAAAAGAAUUGAGAAUGCAAAGAUUCUCAUUGCAAACACUGGUAUGGAUACAGAUAAGAUUAAGAUUUUUGGCUCUCGUGUUAGAGUGGACUCUACAGCAAAGGUUGCAGAAAUAGAACAGGCAGAAAAGGAAAAAAUGAAGGAGAAAGUAGAGCGCAUCCUUAAGCAUGGAAUAAACUGCUUUAUUAACAGACAGCUCAUCUACAACUACCCUGAACAGCUUUUUGGGGCUGCUGGUGUCAUGGCUAUUGAACAUGCAGACUUUGCUGGCGUGGAACGUCUGGCUCUCGUUACAGGUGGUGAAAUUGCAUCAACCUUUGAUCACCCCGAGCUAGUAAAGCUAGGAAGCUGCAAGCUGAUUGAAGAAGUCAUGAUUGGAGAAGAUAAACUCAUUCAUUUCUCUGGUGUGGCAAUGGGUGAAGCCUGUACCAUAGUUCUGCGUGGAGCAACACAACAAAUUCUAGAUGAAGCUGAGAGGUCUUUGCACGAUGCUCUCUGUGUUCUUGCCCAGACUGUGAAGGACACUAGAACUGUUUAUGGUGGAGGUUGUUCAGAGAUGCUGAUGGCUAAUGCUGUUGCAGAACUUGCUAUCAGAACUCCUGGCAAGGAAUCUGUUGCAAUGGAGUCCUUUGCUAAGGCUUUACGAAUGAUCCCAACAAUAAUAGCUGAUAACGCUGGUUAUGACAGUGCGGAUUUGGUUGCUCAGCUCAGAGCUGCUCACAGUGAAGGGAAGACGACUUACGGACUUGAUAUGAAAGAGGGCACCAUUGGAGACAUGGCAGCGCUGGGAGUGACAGAAAGUUUCCAAGUCAAGAGACAAGUUCUGCUGAGUGCAGCUGAAGCAGCAGAAAUGAUUCUUCGUGUAGACGACAUCAUUAAAGCAGCUCCGAGAAAACGCGUACCAGACCAUCGCCCUUGUUAAAAUUCUCCUGGUACCGGAGACUGCGUGGACCAGAUCUCACUUAGUCAACUUUUUUUAAUGAUUUAGUUUUUGUGAGCUUAUGGAACAGAAGCUUAAGAUGAGCAGCUCCAUCAGCAAUGGCAAGAAGAAACUGUCUUCAGCUUCUCUUUAACUUAUUUUGGUUUAUGUGUGUUGUGGGUAAGAUUCACUUCCACAUAAAACACGGGCCUUAUACACCGUACAGCUUCUGUUCCUUUCCACGUUCCACUUAAGAUACACAGAAAUAAAAAGUCAAACAAAAUUCA